CAUUUGAAAAAUUUUUGAAAUAAACGGUUUAUAUAUAAUUCUAUCAAUUUGCCAUCAACUACGAUUUGAAGUUAUAUAUUGAACAAUUACUAAAUAUAACAAGAAUAAUAAUAAGCAAUCAUGACUUCAUUUAAAUCCAGAGGUAAUAGAUACAAUAGAAAGAGUAAUACCAGAGAUGAAGGUAAAUACUUUAUUAUUAAUCAUAGUGAAGAUGAUAGACGUCAUGGUCAUCAUCACCAUGGUCACCAUCAUCACCAUCACCAUCACCAUCAUGGUAAAAAGGAUAAAUACAGAAGAUAUUACCAACAACAUCCAAAGAAAUUAGCAUUGGUUGAAGAACCUGAAUCCGAUGAUGAAGAUGAUUAUGAAGAUGAAGAAGAGGAUGUUGAACCACAAUAUUACGAAUAUGAAGAUGAUGAUGAAGAAGAAGAGGAAGACGAUGACGAAGAAGAAGAAGACGAUGAAGACCAUGAAGAAGAACAAAUCUAUGAAUUUGCUCUUAAUGGCAACGAAGAUGAAGACGACGAUGAAGAAGAUGAAGAUGAAGAAGAAGACGACUAUGAAGAAGAACAUUACAUCAUUGACUUAAAUGAUGAAUUAGAAAACGAAGCCGUUGACAAUUUUGACAGAUAUGGCAAAGUCCUUGACUUGAAUGAUGAAAUUGUCAGAUUCUACGAUGAAGAUGAUGAAGAAUUAGAACCUGCUGAUAUUUACGAUGUCGUUGACUUAAAUGAUCAAUUACAAGCUGCAGCCGUUGCUCAAAUCUUAGCUGAAGAAGAAGAAGACGACGACGAUGAAGAUGACGAAUCUGACUCUGAAUCUGAAACUUUAGAUUACUCAUCUGAUAUUGAAGAAUUAAACGAUGAAUUACAAUUAGAAAACGUCAGACAAUCAUUUGAAGAAGGUUUAAUUAGUGGAGAUGAAAUUUUAUUCUCUGAAGAUGAAGAUUCUGAAUUAGGUGAUGAACCAGAAUAUUUUGAAAUUGAUUCUGAAGAUUUUGAAGAUGAAGACAUUGAAGAAUAUAAUUACGAUGCUGGUAAUCCAACUAAUUAUGAAUUUUAUGAUUCAGAUUCUUCCGAUUCUGAUGAUGAUGGUCAAGGUAUAACUAUUUAUAGACAUAGAUUUGAUUUACCUGAAGGUGAAAGUGAAAAUGAUUCUACUGAUGAUGAAUUAGUUGAAUAUGCCUUUGAAGAUGAAGAUGAUGACGAAGAAGAAAGUUUUGAUCUUUAUGAUGAAGAUGGAUUCUUAGUCGCUAAUGAUAGUGAAGAUGAUGAUGAAGAAGAUGAAGGUGUUGAAAUCAUUGAUUUAUCUAAAGAUUUAGAAAAUUCUAAAGAUUGUGAAUUAGUUGAAUUAGAUGAUAAUACUUAUAAACUAAAUUUAAGAUUUCCUUCUUUAGUUAAAGAUGAAUUAAAAAUUGAUUUCAAAAAGAUUGAAAAUGAAUUAAUCAUCAGAGGUAAAUUCAAUUUUACUGUUGAAGAAACUGAUAGUGAAUUUGAAGCUGAUAUCGAAGAAGAUGAUGAAGAAGAAGAAGAUGAUGACGACGAAGAAGAACUCGAAGGUGAAGUUAUCUUAGAAGAAGCUGACAGUGAAGAUGAUGAUGAAGAAGAAGAAGACGAAGAUGAUGAAGAUGAUGAACUUAUUGCUGACGUUAUCUUAGAAGAAGUUGAAGAUGAUGAUGAUGAAGAAGAAGAAGAAGAAGACGAUGAAGACUUUGAAGAAGAUGAUGAAGAAGAAGAUUCUUUUGAAUGGUCAGGAUUUGAAGGUCAAGAUCCAGAAAAUGCUGAAAGUUUCAUUGUCGAUGAAGAUGAAGAAGAUGAAGAAGAAGAAGAAAUUAAAGAAGAUGCUCAAUCAUUAAUAAAAGAUUUCAAAAAUCAUGAAAUUGGAUUUGAAAAAUAUUUCCAAUUCGAUAAAGUGAUUAAAUUUGAAGAAAUCAAAGCUAAAUUCAUUAACGAUGAUGAAUUAGAAUUAAUCAUUCCAUGUGAAUCCACUCCAAUUGAAAAGGAAUCCAAUAUCGUCUCCAUUGCUAUUGAACAAGCAUCAGAAGAUGAUGAUGAAGAAGAUGAAUCCAUCACUGAUGAAAUUGAAGAAAAGGAAGAACCAGUUGAAGAUCAAUAUGAAGAUGCUUCCAUGGAAAACUAAUUCCCUACCUUAUCAUCAAAAUUUGCAUUUCUCUAGUUCAUCAAUCUCAUUUCUUUACAUCUAAUUUAUUUCCAUAUUCGGGUGAUUCCAUCACAUUUGCUUUUUAUCAGAGUUCCAAAAAUAGUUAUAUAAAAACAUAUAGAUUUGUAUUUUAGUUUAAUAAUAUUAAAAAAAUAAUAAUUGUGGUAUUUUAACCAAGU